CGGUAAUUGAUACAGUUACACAUAACUCGUGUUUAUAAGAUAGUUCGUUUUAUAGACACGACAUUCAUUGACUGUACUUACUUACAAUCAUCGGUGGAAGUUUUUGAUUGAUUUGUCGAUUUAAAAAAAUGUUUUUAAUUUGGUAUUUCUAAUUUUACAAGUUUCCACAUUAGGUAUACCUAUACCCACUUAAUGAAAAUCAAAUAAUAAACAUUAAUUAAGAAUAUCUUUUUAUUUCAUUAUUUAAUCAAGCGCUUAAUUUAAGCCAUUUUAUUAACCUAUUUUCCAGAUUCAAUUGGCAUGUAAUAGAAAAGCAAAACUUUUGCACGUGAACAAUGUUUUUUAGUUUACUCUUUCAGGUAGAAGAAGAGUAUUAAUUUAAAAAAGUAUUUGUGAUAAGUUUUCUGGACUUUUUGACAAAAGAUACACAAUGAAGACUAUUAUUGUAUGUUGUUUUAUGCUUUGUAUACUGAUUAGCAGUAUUAUUCUCGCUGACGCUCAGUGGUGCAUCCAGGGUGAGAAGAAGAAAAUCGACUGCAACUUUUGCCAUUGUAACUUCGGUCGGUGGGUGUGCACAAGGAGAGCUUGCUUACCAGACGAAAUAACAGAUGGUUUUUCGGUAGACCACUAUGGCAACAAUCCGACAGAGGACAGAUGCAAACAAGGUGAGAGGAAAAUGAAAAAGUGCAACAGGUGUCACUGCUCCAGAGAUAAUGUGUGGGUAUGCACAAAGAUGUUUUGCUAUGAAGAUGAUCCAUGAAGUGAGUAAAGACACAAAUAUUUUAAAUUGCAGAUAUUUUUUCUUGUAGACAAAAGGGAUUAAUAUUAAUAGUAGGUUUAGCAAAU